UGCCGACUGGGACGCAGCGGGCCCCUGAGCUCCGUGCUGGAGACGCAGCCGCCAUCCUCCUCGCCUGCCUGCCACGCACUUCGUCUACGGAUCCUCCUCCACCAGCUUUGGCGAGCUCCCUUCUUGGCGCCUGCUGAUCAUCUCUCCCCUUCAGGCACACAGCGAAGCUGGAACGAACCGGGGAGGAAGGUUACUGCAGGCACACGCCAGGAUACCUUGAUUUCCAGCUUCCAGGAGAAACUUAGGCGUGGGUGCACGGAGUGCACUAAUUAGGAGACAAAGCUCACCGUGUCAUACUUGGAAUUGAUUUUGUCUCCAUUCCAUUUCUUGGCCUGCCUUGCCGCCGUGCUCCUCUCAGGCAUGAAGCCGCCGUUCGCCAAGGCGGCUGCAGAGCCGCGGUCCAGAACAGGCUCAAGGCAUGCCGGUGUGCCCGUUUCCGUGAUGAAGAGAAAGGCUGCACACAAGAGACACAGGAGCAGACCCCCCUCGCAGCCUCGGAGGAACAUCGUGGGCUGCAGAAUUCGGCACGGAUGGAAAGACGGAGACGAGCCUCUAGUACAGUGGAAGGGAACCGUUCUGGAUCAGGUACCUGUAAAUCCCUCUCUGUAUCUUAUCAAAUAUGAUGGCUUUGACUGUGUUUAUGGAUUGGAACUGCAUAACGAUGAAAGGGUGUCAUCACUUGAAGUCUUUCCUAAUAGAAUUGCAUCAUCUACAAUCAGUGAUUCACACUUAACAGAAAUUCUGAUCGGCAAAGCCGUGGAACAUAUUUUUGAGACAGAGGAAGGUUCCAAAAAUGAAUGGAGGGGGAUGGUCUUGGCUCAGGCACCUGUCAUGAAAACAUGGUUUUACAUUACCUAUGAGAAGGAUCCUGUUUUAUAUAUGUACCAGCUCUUAGAUGAUUAUAAAGACGGUGACCUACGCAUCCUUCCCGAUGCCAAUGAUUCUUCUCCUGCAGAGAGGGAGCCAGGAGAAGUCAUAGACAGCCUAGUAGGUAAACAGGUGGAAUAUGCCAAAGAUGAUGGCUCCAAGAGAACUGGCAUGGUCAUUCAUCAGGUAGAAGCCAAACCCUCUGUGUACUUCAUCAAAUUUGACGACGAUUUCCAUAUCUAUGUCUACGAUUUGGUAAAAACAACUUAGAAGUCAUUUUGAAAUUUGCCAAAUAUGUGAGACUAUUUGUAAAAUCCGUGCACACACAGUCUUGAUUGCUUUCCAAUUUGUAAGAACCAUCUUCUCGCUUUCUGCAUGCUUUUUGCCUGGCCAAAGAAAAAGGAACUGAAACGCAGACAUUUUUGGAAGAAACCUUUUGCCCUUCUCUCCACCCUUUUUUACAGGUUCCUCCCCACAGGAGAAUGAUUGAUUUCUCUAAUUAGUGAGAAGGGUAAAGUCUGCCAUCCAUUGGCCCACACUUCUAUCUUUGCUGGUGUUAAUAGUUUAAAUGUAGGUGAACACCUGUUGCCUCAUUCUUUUGGGCGCUCGGACUCUCUCUACUCAUUGAACUAUGAAGCUUCUGGAGAUAUUAGGUAUGACUGGCUGGGUAAGUUUCUUUGCAACUUUAACUCUUCCCUCUAGGUAGCUUCCAAGUGUAAUGUGAGGAAGAGUGGGAAGCCAUUUUGGUCUCCUGUCCAAGUUGCAUUUUCAAUUCGAUCUGUACUGAGAGUAAGACUAACGUAUUGCUCCCUCUCUGGUUCUUACAUCUAUUGCUCAACUUGUUGCAAAAUCAAGAGGGUAAUUACUUUUCACUUUAGUAUAUAAGUAUAGGCCGAGAAACCUUAUGAAAUUAAUAAGAGGCCAAGCAUUUGGGAACCGAACUCCCAAGUGGAGAAAUCAAGGUUUUUCAUCAAUGGUAUUAGAGCCUCUGUUGUCUGCAAUAACUCUGGGUAGGACCUGUAGACAUGGAGUGGGUUUUAACAAACACAGGCCCUGCAGGCAGACUUUAGCACAAGUAGGCUUUGCCAACCCAAUGGGACAUUAAACCAGGAUUUAGCUAGAGUUCUCAGUCACACGGUAAAGCCUGAGUUUAUCAAGUGUUGUCAGGUUGGUCCAGGACCUCAAAAUUAAAAGAGCAAAACCUGGAGUCAGGCUGAGAUACAGAUUUCUUUCCUAUACCGAGAGAUACUCUGAGAACUUUUAGAUUAAGUUUUCGUUUUGAUUCUUAGGGAACUUUUGAGUCCCAGCAUAUGAGGUGGGCAAGACACUUGCUAGAACUAAGAAAGACUUCCUCGUAUGACCUGGUGGGCUCAUCUUUUAUGUUGUCCCAGGAGAACUAUGGAACACAUAGAUUAGAAUCAGUGCCAGAUGAUCAAUAGGCUUAAUGAUGUUUUAAGAGCGUAAUGCUGGCAUUGGUAGAUAGAAAUCCAAUGGGUACUUAUUAGCGUUUUGUUUUUCAACUUUCUCCUCUUUGUUGGCUGCUCCUAAGAUACUCAUCUGCAGAAAAGGGUGAGCCCUACUGCAGCAGAAAAGUAAGUAAUGGAAUGGGUACUGUACCUUCCAUUAUUGAAGGCACUGGUAAAGGCUAACCAAAGCCUAGGGGAAAAGGUUAAAAAUAAGGAAGGUUUUGGAGAGAAGCACCUGGCAAAAGCCAACAUUUUCACACUGGGUCUCUGCACAAGCUCCAUUAACAGUAACAGACAGGCCUUGGACUUCUGCAAAUAUGGGGCUGGGACGUGUGGCAAUACAAUCAAACACUUGGGAAAUAUCUCCCAAGUUAGUUUAAGUUCACAGGUCAUGGAUUCUGGACUGCUGGCACAGACAGACUAGAUCCUGCUGAGGAUGAAACCAAGAAAACAGUCUCUUUUCUCCCAUGCUUUCUCUGUCCUAUGUAUUAAGUCCUGGGAACAUAAGUUUGCUUCCAGUGGCUGGGAAUUAGUGUGCUUUCUCAUUUUGGGGUGUGAAGAUGAUACUGUGGUCAUCUUUUUUGAAAUAUGUUUUCAUUGAUUUCAGAGAGGUAAAGAGAGGGAGAGAUAGAAAUAUCAAUGAUGAGAGAGCAUCAUUGAUGGGCUGCCUCCUGCACGCCACACACUGGGGAUCGAGCCCCCAACCUGGGCAUGUGCCCUGAGUGGGAAUAGAACCCGUGACCUUCUGGUUCAUAGAUCGACGCUCAACCACUGAGCAAUGCCGGUAAGGCCUGUGGUCAUCUUUUGACCUAUUGAUACUGUGGACUCUUAAAAAUAUAUAACAUGCAGUUGUGGGGUUAGAUUAAUUCAGCUUCUAAAGUCCUGAAGGAACUACACCUAAUCAAGAUGGAGACAGCCCAGGCUGUGGCUGCUGAAGGAACCGUACAUCUGUCCAGACGUCUCUGUGGGAUCCGUAUGGCUGAAAUGAGAAAAACAAGAAAUUGUGAAAGGCAAAAUUUUGGACUUUAAUUCCUUUGGACUUUCAAAUAGAAAUUUAAUUAGGAGCAUUCCUCUCUCCCUUGGAGUUUAAUCAUUAGAGUGGGUUUUAUAUAGUUCAAAUUAAGGCAUUUUCAUUAUGUAGUUGAUAUUCUAAUUUUUUGGAGUAUUUUAAUAUGCUAUCUUUGGGGUUCAUUGUGUAAUCUUUGUAAACUAAAUCAUAUAAUGUGGUUGGACAUAAUUAUAAAUUAGGGAUAAAAUAGUGAGUGAAUUUUCAGCCUGGGGUAUAAUGUAACCUUGGAAUUAAUUUUAAUUACUGCUCUAUUCUGACUUAUUUCAGAGCCUUCUAGGGUCAAAAACAGAACUGCUCACCAGUCUUCCACAGAUGGAAGCAGGAUAUUCCUAAGAUAAUGUUGGUCUUCCCCAUAGGGGACAGCCAUAGUCUUGGGUGUUGACCACUAUGGCUUAGAGAACAAAAAGUCCAUGGAUAUGAUGUGAUCUAUCUUAUAUCUCUCUCCAUGUUCCUGACUCAAGACAAAAAAUAAAGGACUCUCACAAGUAUUUGAGAGAAAACUUCUACCCACCUCCACUUGCCCCUCAUUCAGUCUUACAUCUGGGAGGAGGAAUAACUUGGUAAAACUGAAAAAAGGGUUAUUAUGGAUAAGCAGCCUAGUCCCUUCUUGGCUCUUCAGCUCAUUUUCUCACAGCAAGGAAUGGGAAAGAAGGUAGCCCCUUCACUACAUGGCUGAGUAAAUGUCUACUUUCGACUUGGGGUAGAACUACAUUUCAGGCUCAGGUCCAAAGCAUGUGCUCCAGUCCAGAUCUAUCAGUAAUAAAGCUGGUAUCAAUUUUUUUCUUUUAAAAAUGUUAAUAUAUAAAUUGUUUUUGGAGAAAAACACCUGUUUCUGGUAAAAAUGAAAUGGUACUAAAGGUUAUAAAGUAAAAACUAAUUUUCUUUCCCCCUUCUCACCCUUACCUCAGUCCCUCAGUCCCACUUUCCAAAGGUAACCACUGUUACCAGUUACUAUGUAUGCUUUCAGAGAUAAUCCAUGUAUGUACAAGCAUAUUAUGUAUGUAUGUGUGUAUAUCAGUUUUUUUAUACUAAUGGUGGCAUAUUAUACAUGCUGUUCUGAAUUUUGCUUUUUCACUUAACAAUAUAUUAAAGCUGAUAUUUAAUCCCA